AUGCUUUUUGUAACGAUAUUUAGAUUUAUAUAUUUAUAUUCGUAUCUAUCUCUCUAUCUCAGAUUAUUUUCAUCUAUCUAUCUAUCUAUCUAUCUAUCUAUCUAUCUAUCUAUCUAUCUAUCUAUCUAUCUAUCUAUUUCAGCUUAUUCCUAUCUAUCUCAUGCCCUCUCUCUCUAUCUAUUUAUCUAUGUAUUUAUCGUAGUCCAUUGCUAUCUAUCUAUCUAUCUAUCUAUCUCAAUUUCUUCUCAUCUAUCUAUUUCAGUUUAUUCGUAUCUAUCUAUCUAUCUAUCUAUCUAUCUAUCUAUCUAUCUAUCUAUUUCAGCUUAUUCCUAUCUAUCUAUUUCAUUUAUACUCAUCAAUCUAUCUAUCGAUCUAUCAUUUCAGUUUAUACUUAUCUAUCUAUCUAUCUAUCUAUCUAUCUAUCUAUUUCAACUUAUUCCUAUCUCAUUCUCUCUCUCUAUCUAUCUAUUUAUCUAUUUAUCUUUAUUCGUAUCUAUCUAUCUAUCUAUCUAUCUAUCUAUCUAUCUAUCUAUCUAUCUAUCUAUCUAUUUCAACUUAUUCCUAUCUCAUUCUCUCUCUCUAUCUAUCUAUUUAUCUAUUUAUCGUAGUCCAUUGCUAUCUAUCUAUCUCAAUUUAUUCUCAUCUGUAUAUUUCAGUUUAUUCGUAUCUAUCUAUCUAUCUAUCUAUCUAUCUAUCUAUCUACGAGGUUGA